CUUUUUAUUUCUUCUUCUAUGGUUUUGUCUUUAAAAUGUUUGCGUCCCUUAGGCCCUCCCCUUUUGUCAUGUUGUCCUGCGGGAGAGGUGUGUCCUAUUUACUUUCUAUCUAAAUACUUCCAGUUUAUUUGUAGAUUUAUUAAGUUGAUUUCUGUUAUGUAUUUUUGUUUGUGUAGGACUUGGAGCGGGCAGCUUGUAACUAUUGUUUUUCUGUUGGAUAUUUUCGUCAGGUAUGUUGUAUAGAAAAGGUUUAUUUUAUUUAAUGUGAGACAUGAUCCCCGCCCUUUUGUCAUGUUGUCCUGCGGGAGAGGACUUGGAGCGGGCAGCUUGUAACUAUUGUUUUUCUGUUGGAUAUUUUCGUCAGAAUAAAUCUUUGAAAGCCAAACAGAGUCACGGCCUGACUAACAUCUGAUAACCAGCACAACGCAGAAGGGAUCCGGUUACACAGGCAAUGAUCAGAUGGAAAAAUGUGGUUUAUGGCUGCGGUGUUAUUCUUAUGUAAUCAAUAUAAUAGAUGGUGGUGAUGUGAUUCUGUGUGUAUUAAUAUCAUAUGUACAUGAAGUAAGGAUCGUUAAAGGAGGCUGAUCGAGGCAUCGGGGAAGAAAAAAAAAAGUACUGAACUGAAACAGAAACAAAGACUUGAAGGUAUUUACCAGCACAGCAAGGAGCUUGGAGUUGAAAACAUCGUCCCAAAACCUUGCAAGGUGCAAAUCGAGGAAGUCACGUCCACCGAUGGUCAUCAUACAGCCCUGGAAUUAUCAAACGACGAGCGGAGAAGAAUUCAGCUCGAGUUUCUCGGAAGGAAGAUUGGGAGCAGAGAUCCCAAUCUAGACUUUUAUUUGCAGGGUUUUGUGGGGAAGACGAUCCCCAGACUGACCAGAGAGUUUCGCUGGAGCCACAGGACAGCCCUCGAAUUUGAACUUCACUCUCAGGAUUUUGCUCAAAUAAGAUUCCCUAUUUUUUUUUGGUGACAAGAUUUCCCCUUCCCAUCAUGUCUUGGUCCCGAUCCACCAAUCAAGAGCCGUCUUACUGUAAAGAUCCAGCUACUUGGGACGGGAAGAGCCGCCUGCAGCAGACGCAGGAGGAGGUGGAGCAGGUGAAGGACAUCAUGCUGGACAACAUGGAAAAAGCCAACGAGCGAUCCGGCAAACUGAACGACCUGGAGCAGCAGGCCGAGGAUCUGCUGGAGAAGAGUAAAGUUUUUGAAAAAACAACCAGGACGUUGAAGCAGCAGAAAGAAAUAUCCAACAAGAACAAGUGUGGUGGCAGGACUCAUCAUUUUGGGACUUGUCAUCGUUGUUAUUGUAAAAGUUGCAAUAUAGCAUAAAAAGCAAAAGCUUCCUGGCAGCUGAAAGAGAACAACAAAUGAGCUGAAGGACAGUUGAUCCUGAACAGCAGAAACGACUCUGCUGCAAGAUGAUACAAAAUAAAUUUUGUUCUAUGAAAAAAAAAGAAGUGGUUUCAUCUCCUGCAUACUGUAAAGCACAG